AUGUCACGAGAGCCAUCAAAACUCCAGAUCAUGAAAUAUGGCGCCAUCACAGGUGGAGGUCCUGGUCCCCGUGGCGCACUAUAUACACUAAGACAGUACAUGUUAACUUCAGCAGGAUCAUUCGCUCUAUUUCUAUCCAUUGGUGCUGUAAUUCGAAGUGAAGGACGAAUGAUCGAUACAAACGCCAACGGUACUAACACUGGUGCGAUUAGAAACGACCAGCGGGAAUGGAAGAGGAUACAGAUCGAAGUCAAGGAAAAGCCACGAGAUCAGGAGAUCAAGAAAAAGAGGUUAUUGGACAUGCUUACAGAAAGUGGAAGAAUGAAUUUCAGGAAUAAUCAAAACAAGACUACUUAA